AUGGAGAGUGAAAGCAAACAAGUUAAGCAGGAGCUGGGGGUCUUGGAUAUCCUCAAGGAAUCUGAAACUAUUGUUCAGACCCCAGAAAUUAUAUCACUUCUACCUUUUAACGAAAAAAAAUAUACAAUAUAUCUUCUCAUUAAUGGCGGAUUCGAGGAAAACAUACCUAAUAAAAGUUUUAGUAAGGAUUAUUUGCCUGUUUUGAUUCAACUUGGAUUCAUUUACUUGGUGCCUCUUCAUGUUCUAGAGCUCUUCUCUGCGGUUGUAACAAUGGAUUCGGCUUCAAAACUGCGUUCACAAGAGAAUAACAUGAGUCUCGUGGAUAUGUUUAAAACGUCCCUUGACAUAUCAACAAUUAAAGGCACAUUUAUCACUUCUUUGCAUAUGCUCUUUUGGUCAACUUGUCUUUUGAUUGCAUUCCCAUGGACAGUAAGUAACUGUUACAUUUUCUUCAGGGGUUUUGGGUACUACAUACUUUUUGCAGUGAUUUGUUUUCUAGCUUUUACAAAGCUGUUGAUGGUGUAUUUGGAAUGGAGUGCUAUGUGGAAUAUGGGUUUUGUGAUAUCAGUUGUGGAUGAUAUAUAUGGUAUUGGGGCUUUUCGAGUUUCAUAUUCCUUGAGCAGAGGGAAUCAGAAUAGAGGACUACUUUUAAUGCUUGUUUUCUUUGCUUUGGGACUGUAUUUAAGGUUGUUGUGUGUCUCCCUUGGAUGCUAUAAAGGAGGUUAUGGGAUAUUUGUACAUAUUGGGGUCCUCACUGUGGUAAAUACUCUGAAAUGGGUGUCGUGCGUGAUUUACUUCUAUGAUUGCAAGGAGAGGAAAAUGGAGAAGAAAGUUGAUGAGGAAUCCGGUAAAAGUCUUGAAAAAUGA